CAACCAGAAACUGGUUAAAUAUCAACGGCCGAUGCAAACAUAUGGAUAGAGUUGAAGUUAUGAAAAGUUUAACCACAUUUAUCACAUCAGUUGAUCAACAUGUUAUAUCAAAUGGUUAUAUCUCUUGAAAUUGUCAUCACUAUCAUCAUGAUGAUCAUCCUUAAAGUGAACUAUGAUUCGACUCAAUAGUUGAAAGUUGAAACAACAAUCAAGGCGACAAGUUAUUAAAACAAAUUGUGCUCUCAUCAUUUAUGGUUAAGACUGUGUGACAACAGACGAGAUAAACUCUAGUUGAUGAUGUCAACUUACUCUCCAUUCAAAUUGUUAUUUUUGUAACUAAAUUAUUCCAACAAAUAUUGAUAUUGUCAAUUAUAUUUGAAUCUGUCAACUAAAUAAUCAGUGUGAUACUCCUACAGAUUAAACAAUUGUUCAUCUCUAUUCUUAACUCAAUGCAUUUACCAAUGGAUUUGGAGACACAUUUUAGGUCAAACUUAUGAUUCUUUCGGUAAACAAUCUAUCAUCUUCACCCAAAAUUCAACCUGCCUCUCUAUUUAUACCCAUUUAUUUUCAAUCAUCUAUUUUCCCAUCUUAUUCACGUUAAUUACAAUCCAUAACAUCGUAACCAUCAUUGUCAACUAUUUGUUUGGAGUUUUCAUUAACUUGGAUUCAUUGGUGAACUAUCAUGCAGAUACUCUUGGUUACUAUGUAACCCUAAAAAGGGCCAAACCAAAUGAUGGAAUUUAGGGAAAAGAAUAAGAAAACAUUUCUUUUUACAUUUACUUUUAUUAUUAACAGAGUUGAAUGUGACCCUUGUAAUCAACUUAUAACAAAGGACUAAAAUGUCACCUAAUAAGCUAAACUUGAUCUAUUGAUCAUCAAAACUGCAAAUCUUUACCUUUUUGUCAGCCAAACAGGCAACCCAAAGACAAGGAAAAGUCAGCCAGUCUGGAGACAGUCAAAGUUGAGACAUCAAAGUGGAUCAACUCCACUUUGUUAAUCAUUUCUUCACCUCUGUUUUAUUUUUACCACACAAUGGUUCAACAUUUGACCUCAUCAUCACCAUCAACCACAUUAGUGAACUUUAUAUUUUACCCAAUAGUUCCACUAUGAACUCAACAUUAUCGUUACUUUCAUCAACCUCAUCAAAACACAAUUUACAAGUUCCUAUUCCUCAACCUACUGGACUUUCAAUCAACUCAACACAAUCCUUGCCAUCGACUACAAUUAAAAGUGACAUUAAUCAAGCUUACUAUCAUCGAGGUGAAUCCGUCAAUAGGAGUUCAGUCAUUGUAACAGAUGCAUUGGUUAGUCCAUUGGAUUUAACGAUAAUCAUUUUCGUUCUUCUUCUCUGGUUAACAACAAUAUUAAUGUGUAUAAACAAAUGGGGCAAAAUACGAAUGAUUGAAGCUUACCAGCCCACAUUUCAGGCCGCUGAUGAGGAAGAGUUUACCACCAGGAAGACGACUGUUCGACAAGCCUCAUCAUCGUGUAAAUCAGCGCUCAAUCGAUCAACAAUUCGCAUUAUACCCUCUGAAGUUGAUCUGGUCAACAUGCAUGAUUCCUAUUCAGUUGGAGUUACUCGAUCAGUUGAUGUACCCGGAAUCUUACCCUUAAGGUCGACAAGAGCAGGGACAGUGGGACUUGAUGGCAGUGGGGGCACUUUGAAUGGUGGAGUUGGAAGGUCAAACAAUGGUGACAGCAAUACUCGUGUUGGAAGGGAAAUACGAAAUAUACCUCGAAUUGAAAUAUCACCCAUUUCCUGUACUGAAGAGCGUAAAUGUAAAAGUCUAGAAGAUGUUAGGGUUCGCUUGCUUUCUUGAUUCCCUGACAAGACAAUCAUUUUGAGGACAAAAAAAAGUUCGCCAAACUAUCGAUCCAAUUGCUGUGUAAAGAGAUGAUCCAGGCAAUCAGUAUGAUCAACAAAAUUAAAGCCGACGGAAAUGUGAUUUCCAGAUGAUUAAAUAACCAUCAAAAGGUUACAAAAAGUAUUGAACUGAUUGAGUUGGAGACCAAGAUUGAAAUAUUGGAUCAACCAAAGGAAACCGAUAAGUUCAAUGGAUUUGACUUUGUUUUGUGUUGGAAUGGUUAAAAGUCAUUGUCAAUUAUUAGAUGGACACAAAGCCAAUAAAUUUGAUGAUCGACUUUGCCAAAGAAUCAAGAAACAGGUCAAAUCAAAUCAAGCCAAAUCAAUGAAAUUAUUUUUCUUUAGUUUCUUUUCUCUUCCUUUUUGAUAAAAUGCUCGACUAACUGAGCAGAUUUAAUUGUAUUAUUGUUAUCAUUAUUGUAUUGUCUUACAUAGAUGAACAUCAACAAUUUAGUAAAUAAUUCUUUCUCAUA